AAACAGUCUUUAACCGGAUGUUGACAAAAAUCAAUACACACUUUUUGACAGGAUGGCGGAAGAGGAGAGGGCACCUCUUCUAACCUCAGAAGCGGGAGAAAACAACCAUACUCGGCAGAGAAAACGCCCAAAUAUCUUUCCGACCGAACCGGUUAGGUCUAAUGCGGUGUGUGCAGACGACAGGAUCUUUGUGAAUGCCACUGUCAGUACACCAUCUGAGAUAGAACCUGAUGUUGUUGUUGCCAUAUUUGUGGUGGCGUUUGAUACUAGAUCAGGCAAUAUGGUAGAAUGGUCUAUGCCAGAAGAUGCUGAUCUAGAUGGUAUAGAGUUCAAGGCUAUGGUCAGUGGUUCACACACACAGUUGAAGGAUUUUGUGUAUUUCAAAAAAGACAGUCUUUACGGGUUAGCCUGCUUUGAAAAUAUGCCUGUGGACAGUGAAAUAGAGCGAGGGGCAAGGAUGAAAUCUGUCGGUAUAUUAGCAACAUCGUAUACACUUUUAUAUAGACAUCUACAGUUCCUAGAAACACAAGUCCGGCACCAGUUAGAGACACCAGGAAAAUAUACACAACUUCAAGCAUUUUAUGAGGACAAAACCACCGCAGCACUGUUAGCCCUUCAAAAGCAAUCAAAAUCCACCACACCAACCACACCUUCACGUGACCUCCUCCCUGAGUUAAAGAUAACCCAUCCUGCUGGGUGUUUCACACAGUUUGCCAAAUUUUUUGGGGAACAAAUAUUUAUUUUAUGGAAAUACGCUUUGUUAGAAAAAAGAAUCCUGUUUUUUUCACCGCCACCUAUUGGUGUUGUCUGCUAUAGAGUAUAUUGUGCGUGUUGUUUAGCCAACCAUGACCUACGUGGCUUGGGUAGACGAUAUAAACCUCAGUUUUAUGUAAAUGUAGCUGAUAUUGAGACUUUAGAAUCAGAGGUCAUGUAUAUAGCUUGUACAACUGAAAAGAUAUUUGAAACUAAGACCAGUUUAUAUGAUGUGUAUGUUGAUAACCAAAUAGUACGGACUCAUUCUCCUAUACUGAAAGAUCUGCUUAAGUGUAGCAGUGCUGACAGAGAAAAGUUCCAAAAAUUAAACAAUUUAAGAUCAGCCCAUCAGUUUUCCUAUGAAGAAUUAGGGGAAGAAACAAUAGAUGAGGAGGAAGUGUUUGUCUCGUUUUUCCAUGAACAAAAUAACCGUCUUUUUCAAACCUUGCUGGAUGUUGCCAACUCACAAGAUACACAACUCACCUCUGAUCAUAUGAAGAGCAUGGGGUUGGACCCACAAGGAGAUCGGCAGUUUCUAAUGGAGCUAGUGGAGCAUUAUGGAAUAGAUGUGGUGCUCAUGGUAGACAACCCUUGCUGUCCAAAAUGAGCAGAUGGAAACAGAGAGUUACUAUGAUAUUCCACUGUAAAUCAAAGGGAACCAACUCCAUCCAUGAAUAUAUAUCAUUGUUUUUAUUUGUGAAAUUGGUAUGAAAACCUUAAAUAGAGACAUAUCUUUAUAGACUUUUCAUUUGAUGAGAAGGAAUAUAUUUUUUUUCCUAUCGAGGGAAAAUAAAUUUUCUUCCAUGGAAAAUAUACAAAUAUACUAGUUUUGUGGCAUUAAUAGAACAAGAGAGAGAACUCUUACAGAACUCUCCCUUUUAAUAAAGGGGAGAUUACAUUUGUAGUAGAAAAAAUUCAUUAUCAUACCUCAGCCAGAGAUUUAGUGACAAUUUGUUUCUUUUUUAAAAAAGCAUAUUACAAACUAAUGUUAGGGGAAGAACUUUUUCAAAUUACCACUAUCUUAGAUAGAAACACAGACAAACUUUGCAGUUAAAAGAGCAACAACAGAAAGCUUUUCCAGAUGUGACUUUGUUGCCAGUUCAGUGGCCAAGGUCUGAUUUUAAAUAACAUGGCUUUCACAAUACUGGGUAUUUUAAUCCAUGACCAUCAGGCACACUGCAUUAUUUUUGGUGUUGGGAAGCUAUCUAGAGAGCUGACGGGCUGUCUUUGGUUCUGUGCCAGUACUGUCUCUCCAAAAAUUAUACACUUACAGUCUUCCUAGAAAAUCAUUAUUUGACUUAGAAUAGGAUUUAAACCUUAAUUAAAUCACAACAAAGAUGUCAUAUCUUUAUUUUAUAAGUAUGAACUGAAGAAAGCAAUGAAUUAUGGGACACUAUUAUUGCCAAAAUUUCCUUAAAUAAUCCAUAUCAAGGCUGCAAGAUAAACAUGAACAUGUGGGUGGACAGCAUCCAUAUGAUAACUAAAGAUUGAUAAAUAUUAUCAACACAAAUAUUUGUCAUUUUAAUAAGGUAAAGGGAAGUAACACAGUUCUCAAUGAUUUAUGGGAGAUAACUCCUUACAGGAAGAAAACCCCUCCAAAUGUGUUCAUUUGUGAUAAUAGUACCAAAGUGUCAGUUAGAAAUAGUCCAAUAUAUGUGUGAAUGUUCAAGGUCAGUCCAGUGGUUUUGGCUGAAAUUUUAUUUAUAUGUAUUAUAUUUUAUUAAAUUGGAUAUUUUAAUCUGUUCUCUGUAGCAGAAACAUUACAUUUUGUACAUGUAGUUAUAUAUGUAGGUUUUAAUAUAUUGAGAUUUCUUCCAUUCCAGUCAAUUAUUAUAAACCAGUUGUUUUGAUAUACAUUGUAUAAUUUAUCAAUUGAUAUCUUUAUUUAGCUAAUUGAAUUUUGAAUUGAUUUUACGCUGUAUUCUUCCUAUUGAAACCUUUAUACUUACAGAAUUUUCCAGUUCAUGAAAUUUAACCAUUAUGUGGGAAAAAAUCCCAUGUUUGUAAGUAAUUUAUAAUUUUAUUGACGAAAUUUUUUUCUCAUUGAAAUUUUUGUGUGAUGGUACGUCUAGAUUCAGUUAAGGGCCAUAUAAUGGUGAAUGAUGCAUAUAUAGUCAUUCUGUAAUAAAGCCAUGGCCUUAGCCCUAUUAUUAAUUCAAUAAAAGGAAAUAACAAGAAAUGGCCCCAAAAUCCAUUUCAGUAGAACAUUUUGGAACAUCCAAAAAAUUCUUGUUCUAACUUUGCAAAAAGGUCUUGUUUUCAGUGAAAGAAAAAGAUUGUAUCUGCUUAAAAAUUCUCAUAUUUAUAAAGAAUGUGCAAUAAUAUGUAUAUAUCAUACAUUUAUAUAGAAUAUAUUGUGCCAGAUAUGACUUAAAUGUUCAUUGUUUUCUAUUUAUAUUGAAUAUUUUGUCCAUUAUAUAACUUGUGUUAGAUAUAACACUAGUGUACAUUGCUUAUAUAAAAAGUUCCGAAUUUUUGCCUCGUCUUGUUUAGAGGUACUGUAGAUUGAUUCUCAAAUUUUCUUAUUUAACUUGAUUGUUAAGGUUGUUGUUAUACUACAAAAACUUUUGAAGAUUAGUGUAGUGUAUUCAGUAUGUAUUUUCUCAUGUAAGAUAUUAAAGAUGUAUUUCAGUUCUGUGAUAGUAAUCAUUUUGUAUGUGUUGUAAUGUUUUGACUUAAUAACUUUAAAGGGGCUCCACUGGUUGUGACAAAGACAAAGACUGGAAAUAUUUUGGAAUUUUUUUAAAUAAAAUUUUAUGUAGGUUUAUUGGUAUAAACUUGUGUUCUUUAGCUCUUUGCUUUUUUUUCGAAAUAAUCAUUUUUAAUAUGCAAAUUACCUACAAUGAAUAGAAAUUUCAUUGUUUUGAACUCCAAGCCAAGAAUCACACUGAAUAUAGAUUUUCGUAUAUUCCUUAUAUAUUAACAUUUUUAGUGCCCCAUACUAUCUACGUAAGAUUUUAAAAUUUUCUGAUUUUAGGCUUUUAGACCUCAGUUGAGCCCCUUUAAGGAAAUAUCAAGAUAUAUACCAUUUAAGAUGCCAAAAGUUUUGCAUCAGAAUAGUAUUUCUGAAUUAAUUGUUUUUUUUGUGUGAAAUGACAACUCUUUUCAUUAGGAGUUUCUUUUCUUUUAAUUUGAUCUGUUAUUUUAUCAUCCCACCUUUUUGCGGAAAAAUGAUAAUACAGUUAAAACAUGUCUUUGACAAAUGAGCAUGAAUUCCACAGUAGAACUGUUUACAAGCUUCUCAAUUGUUUGACAUUUCCUAUGAUUUAUUAAGAAUGCAUCUGAAAAUUGUGUAUGGGCCUCUUAAUUUUCCAGUAUUGUCUGUGAAAAGACUCAAACUGAGCCUGCAGCAUUUUCAAUUUUGCCGUUUUGGUCGUUAUUUGGAGAUUCUGUUUUUAAUUAAAGGUCAUUGACUUGAAAUAACAUAAGGUCCUAACCAAUUUACUUUCAUUAAAUCACAUCAAGAAAGUUGUAUCAAUCUGUUCUUGUGAAUAUGUGGAUGAUUUCACCAAACAUCAUGCCUGAAAUAAUACUGAGUCCUAAAUUAAAUAGGACUUGACUAGUUAUUGCACUAAAGUGAUGAUUUGUGGUCUGUCUUAACAUAGACAGUUUGAAAUUGCCAUAAUUAUGACCAUGUUAGUGUCAUUACUCAAUAUUUUCUAGGUGUUUGAAUAUAGGUGCAAUUUGUUCCACAUAUGUCAGAUGAUUUGGAGGAAUUUCACUAAAGGAGAAAGAUCUUUGUCCAUAUCAAGCUAUGUGUAGUCAUUAAAUUAAUUUCAUAGACAAAUCAUUGAAAUGCUUGACAUCAUCUUUGAGCCACACUAUUGAUUCAUUUUUGCAUUCAUUUUGCUUACAAAACAUAAUCAUUUACGAUUUUUGUUAUUCAAAGUUGAAGUUCAAAUAUUAUUUACACAAAAGAGUAGUUGUAUUUAAUAAAUACAGAUCAAUGUAACAAGUAAAGUUGUAUGUUAAAGUAUUUAAUUCCAUUUAUCAUUGUCAGAUAACAAAUUCACAUUUUUUUGUCUGUUUCAAAUGCAUUCCAGCUUGUAAAAAUUAUUGAAGUUUUAAAUAUUAUAAAUACAUGUUAUAUAUUUGUUACAAAACUAGUCUGCUUAAUUUUUUAACUAUCCUGGUACAUUUUUUUUUUACAUCAUUCAUAAUUAUUCAAUGAAAUUUUUUAGAAAGACACUUUAUCAUAUAGAAUUGUUAUUAUGUUACUAGAUUUAAUUGCAAAUCCGUUAUUGUAUUUUGAAAGACAGUUUUUAUAGGAACACUUAGAGGAGUGCAUGACACAAACUAUUAAUUCAUUUUGAAUGAAAUCAUUAUUGUUUACACAAGUGACAGAUUGAUAGAAGGUCUGUUAGCUGAAACAUUGUUAUUUUUAGAGUUAGAAAACAGUUUUAUAUUCUAAUUACCACAGUUGAAUAAAUGUUUUGGAAUGGUUUAAUCAAUCUUAUCACUGUAUUUAAAUUAUACUGAUAGUAUUUUUUUUCAUAUCAAAAUAUAUACAUUAUAUAAAUCUUAUUGAUGAAAAAAAUAAAGAAGAAUUCUACCAAUAUUGUUGUAUAUUGAUUAU